CACGGUAGGUGGCGGAAGUGCAACUUAAACAUGAAAGCCGCCAAAAAACACUAACAAAGAAGAAAAAGAACACCACCGAAGAAGAUAAAGACUGGGCGGGACCCUGUGAGAUCUGGUGUCUUUGUUCUGCCAUCGUAGAGACCAUAGCCAGAGCAGAGAGCUGCUUUAGCAACCAGGAUCAAAAUGGAUCAGUACAAACUCGAAAUAAAAGAAGAGGAGGUGGACGUUCAUCUAGACCAAAUGGAGCAGCAGGACCCGAGUUUAACCGAACAGGACCGGUACAUUAGCGGAUUAAAGAUGGAGCAGCAGGACCGGUCCAUUAGCAGAAUAAAAAUGGAGCAACAGGACCCGAGUUUAACUGAGCAGGACCGGUCCAUUAGCGGAAUAAAGCAGGAGCAGCAGGACCGGUCCAUCAACGGAAUAAAGAUGGAGCAACAGGACCCGAGUUUAACCGAACAGGUCCGGUCCAUUAGCGUUAUAAAGGAGGAACAGCACGACCCGAGUUUAACCGAACAGGACCCGAAUUUAACCGAGCAUGACCGGUCCAUUAGCGGAAUAAAGCAGGAGCAGCAGGACCGGUCCAUCAACGGAAUAAAGAUGGAGCAACAGGACCCGAGUUUAACCGAACAGGUCCGGUCCAUUAGCGUUAUAAAGGAGGAACAGCACGACCCGAGUUUAACCGAACAGGACCAGAAUUUAACCGAGCAUGACCGGUGCAUUAGCGGAAUAAAGGAGGAAGAGCAGGACUCGAGAUUAGGCGAGCAGGACCGGUCCAUUAGCGGAAUAAAGGAGGAAGAGCAGGACUCGAGAUUAGGCGAGCAGGACCGGUCCAUUAGCGGAAUAAAGCAGGAGCAACAGGACCCCGACCACGCCGAUCAACAGGAACACAAAGGAAGAAGAGCUUCAGGGCUGUGUCUCUGUCAGCAAUGUAGCCAGGCCCUCGCCGAAACAUCGGAGCUAAAGAAUCAUCAAAAGGUUCACUCUGGAGAAAAACUAUAUGGCUGUGACCAGUGUGGCAAAACUUUCUCUGCAAAACAUAACUUAGGGACCCAUCAUCAAAUUUAUACUGGAGAAGUACCACACACGUGCAUCCAAUGUGGUGUAGCUUUCUACAGGUCAAAGGAUUUAAGAAUCUACUGUUGUGGUCGCACUGGAGAGAAACGGCACACCUGUGAACAGUGUGGAAAAGCGUUCUCUCGCCUCAGCGAUUUACUGGUACACCAACGUGUUCACACCGGAGAGAAACCGUACUCAUGUGAACAUUGUGGGAAAGCUUUCUCUUACAGCAGUGGUUUACGCGCACACAAACAUGUUCACACUGGAGAGAAGCCUCAUUUAUGUGAACAGUGUGGGAAAGCUUUCUCUCACAGCAGUAGUUUACGUGCACACCAACGGUUUCACACUGGAGAGAAGCCCCAUUCAUGUGAACAGUGCGGAAAAGUGUUCACUCGGCGCACAAACUUACAGGCACACAAACUUGUUCACACUGGAGAGAAACCUCAUUCAUGUGAACAAUGUGGAAAAACAUUUUUUCAGCUCAGUCAGUUACGGGCACACAAACGUGUUCACACUGGAGAGAAACGCCAUUCAUGUGAACAGUGUGGAAAAGCGUUUUUUUACAGCAGUACAUUACUUGCACACAAACGUGUUCACACUGGAGAGAAACCUCACUCAUGUGAAGAGUGUGGAAAAGCUUUCUCGAGGAGCAGUAAUUUAUUGAAACAUCAACGUAUUCACACUGUAAAGAAAUCUCACUCAUGUCAACAGUGUGGAAAAGCAUUCUUUCAGCUCAGUGAGUUACAGGAACACCAACGUAUUCACACUGGAGAGAAACCACACUCAUGUAAACAGUGUGGAAAAGCAUUCUUUCAGCUCAGCGAGUUACAGGAACACCAACGUAUUCACUUUGUAGAGAAAUCUCACUCAUGUGAACAAUGUGGGAAAACUUUCUCUCACAGCCUUAGUUUACUAGCACAUAAACGUAUUCACACUGGAGAGAAAUCUCACUCAUGUGAACAGUGUGGAAAAGCAUUUUCUUGUGUCAGUCAUUUAAAUGCACACCAACGUAUUCACACAGGAGAAAAGCCUCAUUCCUGUGAGCAGUGUGGAAAAGCCUUCUAUUACAACAGUAGAUUACUUGCACACAAACGUGUUCACACUGGAGAAAAACCUCACUCCUGUGAACAGUGUGGAAAAGCUUUCUUUCAGCUCAGUCAGUUACAGGCACACAAACGUAUUCAUGCUGGAGAAAAACCUCAUUCAUGCGAACAGUGUGGGAAAGUGUUUUCUCACAGCAGUAGAUUACUCGCACACAAACGUGUUCACACUGGAGAAAGGCCUCACUCAUGUGAACAGUGUGGAAAAGCUUUCUCUUGUCCCAGUCAUUUACAUGCACACAAACGUAUUCACACUGGAGAGAAACCUCACUCAUGUGAACAGUGUGGAAAAGCUUUCUCUCAAAAAAGUAGUUUACGAGCACACCAGCGUGUUCACACUGGAGAGAAACCCUACUCAUGUAAACUGUGUGGGAAAGUGUUCUCUUGGCUCAGUCAUUUUCAUGCACACAAACGUAUUCACACUGGAGAGAAACCUCACUCAUGUGAACAGUGUGGUAAAAGGUUCCCUCAAAGAAGUAGUUUACGAGCACAUCAGCGUGUUCACACUGGAGAGAAACCUUACUCAUGUGAACAGUGCGGAAAAGCAUUCUCUCAAAGAAGUAGUUUACGGGCACACCAAUGUGUUCACACUGGAGAGACAAUUGUCUAACUAAACGAAACCAUAUGGUCCCAGGAUGUUCUGUGACUGGAAAAUUGUUUCUUUCUUAUUCUAUGCAGUCAUCGUAUAGUGUAUGACUUCUUAUGUUCAGCACUGAACAUACUUAUGCAAACAUUCAAGUUUGUCGUACACCAGGUUUAGGUGUCUGACAUUCUGUUUGACUGACUAAUAGUUUAUGACCUGUCUCUGCCUGGUACACCCUGGACGUAGCUUCCAAACCCAAGAACGUGAAGCUGUGUGUCUCUUUGUCUGCUGAGACCACCCCACCAGUUACAUGUGUACUUGAACUAGACCUUCCAUGGUCAGGGUGCAUGGAUACAGCUUUAAGACAUACCUCUGUUACUGGUCACCACUCCUCUCGAGGCAAUAUAGCCUAUAGUAAGCUCAGUGAUUGUUUGAUCCCCACCUUGUCAGAGUGCAAACGGUCCUGGGGGAAACAAUUUGGGAGAGUGUGUGUGCGGGGUACUUACUUGGUUAGCUAGCUAGCUGGCUGGUGCUGCGCUUUCGCCGUGCUCCCCCUUCACCGGGUGCAGGUCGGCGGUGAGAUCGAUCCUCCGCGUUGGGUUCCGUGUUGCACGGAUCGCCGCGUUUGGCUCGUGAUCCGUGAGGUUUGCUUCUCCAGCAGCCUGCGUGAGCACAGCAGCGCUUGGGUUCCCCAUUGUGAUCCCUGCAGCACAGUGCAUAAAGAAACACAUUCAUUAUUGCCCCUUACUUUUUAUGAGCCUCCAGCGUCUUGGCACUGUUGGACACUUCCCCCUUCAUUUCGUAGCGAAGCCCAAUAUUGGAGAGAAGAACGCGUACAAGGGUGGCGGGUGGUGGGAGAGAGUGUGGUGCCAACAUUAUUCGCUGUUUCUCACUGUGUUUAGAAAAAAAGCUUGUUAGCUACGUGUCUCUGUAGCAGAUUGUCCGUGCCACAGCUUUGGGGAGCUGGGCCCUGCUUGUCUGGUUCUGCUGCAGGCAAUGUGGCUGCUUCACCUUGCAUGUUUGCUCUCAGCGCACCGAAUGAAAGACGUACAGGAAGCAGCCUGUAGCUUGACAUUUUUAUUUUCAUAGUUCUAUUCUGUGAUUCGUCAGGAGCCGUUUUCUGUAUGGUGUUGUCUGCAGGAAACGGGCGAGAUCAGCGACGUUUUUAAUGUCUACUGACUGACUGUGGGAGUGUGCUGGUACUGAUGUCCCACACCUCUGAUUGAUUGACCCGUUUUAAUAGAGUCACCACAGUGCACAGCUGUUGCAUUGUUUGGUUCCUGUCUGCACACACACGUCUGUACAGAGUUUUUUGAAUAGGAGAGUUACAGUUUUUACUUUGUGUGAAAAGUCAGCGGGAUGAGGGGAAAACAGACAUCUCUGCUGCCAUGCUGCAUCUGCUAUGGCUCUGCAGUUCUGUUCCAGUGGUGCUGCCUGCGGCAUUUUGUGCUUCGACGCAAACCGGUUUGUUACAUCAUGUAUCUCCCUCAUCAGUGUCCUGUAGUUGCUUUUGUGUGUCUACUGGGAAUACAUAUUUGGUGCUGUGUAGUGGAGCUGGUAGUGGAGAAAGUGUCAGUGAAGGUGUUAUCCUUGCAGUGAUUGAUGAAUGAGUUUACAUCAUGUAAUGGAAAUGUAAUCUUUGUGAAGGUGUUUUCUAUUGUGACAGAACAAAACAUUGCAUUCAGCAUAAAAUGAUCAAAUCUAUGAACCCGCUGUUUUGUAUGUAACCCUUUUCACUGAUUUGUGAAUGACCAUAAAACUGUUUGUGCAGAUAAAAAAUAUAUUAUUUUCACUCCUUAGCAACAAUCCAGUAAUAAAGGGAGGCACAGAGAUAGAGAUUUCAUAAUUACACUCUCGCAGGGCAACUGCACUGUAAAUGCACUGUUUCUGCGUACUUCUCUUCUUGCAAGAAUAAACCAUAGAAAGACAA